GACACUUGUAUGUGACUCAGCCGCCUGGCUUUAAGCUAGGGGCGGAGAAUGUGGCCACUGCAGCAUAAACAGUGGGGACGGAGGCGCUGAGCUGGAGCGCAACCUUUGCCUCUUUCAAAGGGCGGAUUCGCAAGGUCCAGAAUGACUGGGCAGCUAGCAAGGCAGCAGUGAAAAGAUUUUCCCCUGAUCAAGUGGAAAAUUCACAUUAAGGAGCCCAAGGAUGAAUAUUCAUCGGGCCAGUGAAGGCGACAGGUCAAUACGCCAGGAGUCUAGCUUCUUAGUGGAAAAUAUUCCAGGUUCAUCCCAAGAAAAAGAAGAAAAUUGCCUGACAUCCUGCUUGCAAAAUCCUAACCUUCCUGUGUGUUCCAGGAAUGAUGAUUCAUUGCUCGAUUACGCUUCCCAGCCGGCCAAUCACCAUUUCUCGAACAUCUCAACUCUUCCUGAAGACAUCAAAGGCCCUUGCUUCCAAAGUGGAAAUAAAAGGAGCCAUGAGCCCUUUACUGGUCCAGAACGAUUUGGAACCAGCAGUUUGGGCUUCAGCUGUAAUUCCUACCCCCACGCUCCAGAAAAGGUGACACUCCUUGUAGACGGCACUCGUUUUGUGGUCAACCCACAGAUAUUCACUGCUCAUCCGGACACUAUGUUGGGAAGGAUGUUUGGCCCAGGAAGAGAAUAUAACUUUACCCGGCCCAAUGAGAAAGGAGAGUUUGAGAUUGCUGAAGGGAUCAGCGCCACCGUGUUUCGAACAGUGCUGGAUUAUUACAAAACUGGAAUCAUUAACUGUCCUGACGGAAUUUCCAUCCCUGACCUUAGAGACACCUGCGAUUAUCUCUGCAUUAACUUUGACUUCAACACCAUCAAGUGUCAAGAUCUGAGCGCUUUGCUGCAUGAGCUCUCCAAUGACGGUGCUCACAAGCAGUUCGAUCACUACCUGGAGGAGCUGAUCUUGCCCAUCAUGGUGGGCAGUGCCAAGAAAGGGGAACGUGAGUGCCACAUCGUUGUCCUGACCGACGAGGACUCCGUAGACUGGGACGAGGACCAUCCUCCACCCAUGGGGGAGGAGUACUCUCAAAUUCUUUAUAGCUCCAAGCUCUACAGAUUCUUCAAAUACAUUGAGAAUCGAGAUGUUGCAAAAACUGUAUUAAAAGAACGGGGACUGAAAAAUAUCCGAAUUGGAAUUGAGGGCUAUCCCACUUGUAAGGAAAAAAUUAAGAGGAGACCAGGCGGUCGGUCAGAAGUCAUAUACAACUAUGUACAACGCCCAUUUAUCCAAAUGUCUUGGGAAAAGGAAGAGGGAAAGAGCCGCCAUGUUGAUUUUCAGUGUGUCCGAAGCAAAUCCCUCACGAACCUGGUGACAGCUGAGGAAGAUGUGUCCGAAGACCAGGAGAACCUGAUGCACCACCCUCCACAAGUGGAUGAACUUGAUCGGCUAAAUGCUCCACUCUCCCAGAUGGCCCCUAAUGACUUCCCAGAUUAGGGUCAACCAUUCAACCAACCCCAUCUCUAAGGUCCUUCUCUUCUCGGGAUGCACUCAAGGUCUGUCUCACCCUGAACAUGAGACAUACUUUCUCCCUAACCCUUCCCCACAUCACCCAUAAUAUUAAGGUGUAUUCUUUGAAGCAAGCUGAUGCCCCUCAGAGGAAGUGAAUAAUGAGUACUGGCCAUUAAAUCACCAGACAGACAUUCUGUCAUGACCCUGGGCAUAUGGGAAGCUCCUCAGGAUUGGUGCUGUCCUGGAAUAACUUGAGAAAGCUGAAAGGGAAGUAAAAAAAAUCCCAUCACCUCCUAUAGCAAAACACUUCCUGCCCUUCUUCCCAUUCUUUCUACCCCCUUUUCGUUGCCAGGUAUACAUCCUGCUGUUUUUUGGCAGCUUCCUCAGUUGCAAGGGGACCAGACCACCAUCCCAUUCUGCUACAUAGGUAUCCAUGGAAGACUAUUAGAAGACAGCUAAAGAAUGCUCCCAGAAUUCAGCUCCUCUAGGAGGAAUGAGGCCUUGUUUACAAGAGUCGAGCUUUUCAGAAGAGAAUCCUUCAAGAGCUUAAAUUGAAUUUUUCUUAAUUAAACAAACAACAGACAGCACUCAUUUAUCUUUUGGUGGAGAGGGUAAAUGACAUAAUAGGAUUUAUGCUCUUAACUAUGAAAUAUGGGGGAGGGGGCAGCGCCUGAAUUGAUUGUGCAUUGUGGAAUGAAAGUCAAGGCCAAUGAAACCCUACUGACGGUCCACUCCUUCCUCAGCCAGGCUAGAAAUUCAGGAAUCCUGAGUAAAGCCAUGGUCUUUGCCCUCCAAUUCAGGGCUAUGCUGUAGAUGUGGCUGGAAUGAAUAGGGUCUUGGCUAGAGCCUUUCAAAACAUGGGCGGGAAUUUCUUCUGAGGCCUCAGUUAUUCAAAUGGAAGAGUUUUAAGAUGCCUUUGAAGUUUAGUACCAGGGAUUGAGAAUGCCAGGAUCUCAGGAAUCAGUAGCUAUAACCCUGUACUGGUGCUAGGAAAGGGAAAACAAGACUCUGGCUUGAAUCGUGGCUCUCUUCAGCAACCCCCUUCCAGAGUUUCAGAUGGUUCUCGCUCCCAAGCCAUCCGUGGUCCACUCCAGUACUCCGUCCGUAGAGAUGGACCUGAAAUGGGCCUUUUAUCCACUUUCUGUCCCAUGAAACUUGGCGUGGGUUGGUGGGUGGGGAAGAAUAGCACAUUCAGUCUUGGAAUAGCCUCUCACCUGUUCACUCAGGGUACUAGAUGAUGCCAGGUGAGAAGAAAGUAUUAAUGUCUGUUGUGUUGGUUUUUUCCAUUCAAGUGUUACCUUCAGUGUCUUGAAUGGAGAACAUUAGGCUGAUUUUUUUUUGUAUGUCAACUGUAUUAACCUCAUGUUAACCCAGAUCCUACAUUGUUCCCCUCAGUACCACGCUUCGGGAUCAAAGUCCUCUGAUGUGCCACUCGGACUAUGGGUUUUGGACUGUGGCUGUGAUCGCGGAGGUAGUCAGAGUAGGACCCAAGGCUGGGAGCAGAACUGGGUCCAGACUCAUGCAAAUAAUGAAUCUCCUGAAGUGAUCACAUCCUUAAAAUUCACGCUGCGUAUUUCCAAUAAUGAUAGUGUGAAAUUGAAGAGGUGUGGCCAUUCCAGGGGAUUCCUUAUUCACUUUGAUCAAAGCCUAGCAACACGGGGCUCCCAGGAGCCCGAGGGAAUUCCGGAGCUAGCUGUAAAUGGGUAAAUGGGGAUUCUCUCCUGCCGUGUGUCAUCUGUCCCACUUUUCUGGUGUCUUAUUGCCUCAAUCCCAUUGAUGUAAUGUAGUCACAAACUGACUGGUUUCAGCCCUCCUCAGGCUUUUUCUAAAUCACGUUACUUUGACAUUCUUAUACCCAACACACUCCUUUAAGACACUGCGGGGUGACGUCCUCUGCUCUAACUUGCACUCUAAUUUGCCAUGGUGACUCAAUUACUUUGUAAUCCAAGCUAAGAAAAUGGGAGAAGACACACUUUGUAGCAGCUGUUGUCUCAGAGAAAGAAUAACUUUUCUGGACCCAGUGAAUUAAGAAAUCUGCUUAUUACUUUGUGUGACCCAUUGUUGGGGGUGUCAAAAUCCUAAAUGCAUAAUAUCGCAUCUUCUCAAGAGUUAAAAUAAUAUUAUUGACCCACCUUUGGAAUGAUAUACACUGAAUUGCUUCUCCAUUGGGGGUGACUGAUUCUGAGCCGUCUGUGUUUUUUUUUUUAAACAAAUGGCAUGUAUUUGUGAGUCAGCUGGCCAUCAUUAGGGGUACAGCCUGUGAGAGGAACCAUGUUUCCUCUGUAUGAAACUAAUUGACACAUCUUAGAAGUAAAUCUACAACUUUGACCUCAUUAGCAUUAAAUUCACAUCAAGAUCUGCCCUCUAAAAUGGUGCUUCCUUUGUGUUUCUGAAUUGGUAAACCCAUCAUUGCAAGGACCAUUCAGAUUCUAGAACCUCUAUUUGUAUAUUUUAAGGCAUUAAGAUUUAUUUUCUUGUUGAAGUACAUGUUUAUUCCCCCCUUUCAGUAUUCAGUUUAUGUGAUUACUUAAUAUUAACUAUAACAGAGUGGGAGACUAGGUGGCUCAGUGAAUUGAGACUUAGAGACAGGAGGUCCUGAUUUCAAAUCACAUCCUAGCUGUGUGACCUUGGGCAAGUCACUUAACCCCCAUUGCCUAGCCCUUACCACUUUUCUGCCUCAGAGCCAAUACACAGAAUUGAUUCUAAGAUGGAAGGUAAGGGUUAUUUUUUUUUUAUAUAUUAAAUGCAACACUCCAAAAAGGAACUGCUACUUUGGUGUUUUUUUUUAAUGGUACUUCCAAGUGUAUUGUAUCUAUUAGAAGAUGUCAAUACAAUUUGAAGGAUAGCUUUCUUGGGCCAUCAUCAUUUUCCCAGCAGGUAUUAGUGUGCCCAACUUGCCAGCCCAUAGAGAAUAUUAGACUACCUGCAAGUCACGAACUAGAGCAAGGAAGCAGAACUGAUGAGGGAAAACUGGUAUUGCAAUGGAGUCUCUUCCUAGAGCUAGUGGUUUCUUGUUGUUCUUGUCACCCCUGUGGGAGAGGGCCCAUAGAGAUAUUCUGGAAUUUGAGUCAAGGAAGUGUCCUUUUGCCACUAGCAUGAAUGCUAAUGGCUGUCUGUAUGACGACUCGGCACCUGACAAUCCCUGGCUCACCAAGUUAAUCACAUUCCUUGGGCGGGCAGGGAGGAGCCAUUUCUCUUUACACCUUUCCAAGCCAUAUUAUAAAGACAUGGCAGAGGUGGCAGCUGGGUAGGGGCUGGUCCCCGGUCAUCCCUAAGCCCCAGUAUCGGCAGAACUCUGGGAUGGGAGUGAAUAUCUUUUAUUUACUUCUCUAAACACCAGAUUCCAUUUCUUUACCAAGUGCCUAAAUAAGUCCGUCAGCUUAUAGUCUCCCUGAAGACAGAUUGUUUCCAAAGAAGAUGUUUUAUUUGCACUCACAAUCUUUCUUCCUUGGUGGCCAAGGUGAGAGUUUGUAAAGAAAAAUGAUGGCUCUCUUCUGUGUUGGUUACUGCAUUGCCAGGCUUGGCCAUGUUUUCAGUAUAGGAAUGGGGCAAGAGUAAACAAGAACGGAUAGGGAGACAUUCAGUAAGAUUGGGGAACGCUUCUGUUCUCAAUUCAUCAUAGGAUGCAGGACCGGAAGGCACCUCAGAGGCCUUUGAUUCAGGCUCAUGCUAGUGUGCUAGAAUGCUUGGAAAGUACCCAUCCUGCCAGGGCGUGUUUGGGCAGGAAGAAGGGAUGCGGGUAGUUUCCUAAUGUGUGAUAGAAUGCUGUUUUCUGUAGAGGAAGGAAAGAGAGAUGGGGAGAAAGAAAAUGACAUCAAGGGGGGAAAUGAGGGAACGGGGAAACCCUUCUACAGGGAAUAAUGAAGUUGGGAAUAACAAAGUCCACACUUUAAUAUGCAGAGACAAGAAUUAUUUUAAGCCUUACCCAAGAGAAAAAUGUGAACUGAUGAGGGUAUAUACAAAUCACUAUGGAACAAGAUCUAAAUGAAUGGGCAUAGUUUACAAAUAGGGUUUCCAGAAUAUUGGUCUAUGGUCAUUAAGAAUAAGCAAAUGGGGCAGCUAGGUGGCUCAGUGAUAGCAAGGCCUGGUAUAAAUCUGGCCUCAGAUACCUCCUAGCUGUGUGACCUUGGGCAAGUCACUUAACUCCUAUUACCUAGCCCUUACCACUCUUCUGCCUUGGAACAAAUAUACACAGUAUUGAUUCUAAGAUGGAAAGUUAAAUAAUUGGGGGAUAGGAGGAGGAAUAAGCAAACAAAUCUGAAUUGAAGUUUAGGCCUUAAAUCCAAUGGCAAAAGGAUGAUAUGGAGCUGUAUUUUUAAAAAGUUACAUAAAUUUAAGAAUAGUUACAGGGCAGGUAGUAAUAGUGGCACAUGCCUAUAGUCCCAUCUACUGAGGAAGGCUGGAAUGAGUGGAUCAUUUGAGCUCAAGAGUUCUGAGCUAUAAUGGCCUCAGCCCAUCAGGUCUGUGCAUUGUCAGGUAUCACUGUGGUGACAAGAAUUGGGGAUGGGGUGGGGUUCAGAAUGCCUAAGGAGGGGCAAAUUGUCCCAUGUCAGAAAUGGAGCAGGCCACAGCUCUAGGAAGGUCCAAAAAGGGAUUGGUAGAAAUAUGCCAGAGCUUCCCUGGCAUCAAGGGCCAACCUCUUUAUCAUGUGUUAAGAAAUAAAAAUGAAUGAUUUAACUUUGCUAAUAAAGAUGUCCUGAUUAGGAUGGGCCCCAAAAUAGUGUUUCUUUUAAGUGCUACCUUCUAUGGUGGAAUGUUGGUUUGGUUUCCCCUGUUUUAUUUUGUAUUUAGUUUUAAACUUGCACUUGUUCACCUACUACAGUGUUUAUGAGAUCCUAUAAUCAGGAUGCUUUUUUUUUUCUAUAAUAAAGUUAUUUCUGUGUG